AUGUCAGCGGUCGACGCAGAGAAGGGGCAUUCAGCCUCUCUGCCUGCUCCGGGUGCCAUCAAGGAGAAUACCAAGCGCCGCGGCCGCAAGUAUCGGACGCACCGCCAAUCCCUCGCCGAAGCCGGUACCCUCCUGCUCGCGUGCUUUGGGCUGCUCGUCCUCGCUCGGCAGCCCAUCCCAGACUUCGUUAAGGACGGGAUGAAACAGUGCGAGAUCAUCGCUCGUCCAACCCCCCAUCAUUCGGCCUACGAUCACCGGCGGACGGAGAGCGAUCGUUUCGUACCCGGCACGCGGGAUGUCCUGCUCAAAAAUGCCACAUUGUGGACGGGAAACAAGGGCGGGGAGGAGGUGAUCUAUGGGGCGGACGUCUUGCUGUCUGGCGGUGUGAUCCAGCAUGUCGGGAGCGGCGGGAAUGAGUCUCUCGCGGCGAUCAAGAAGGGAAAGAAGGAUGUUGACGAGGUGGAACUGCACGGCGCGUGGGUCACACCCGGUAUCGUCGACAUGCACUCUCACAUGGGCGUCGACUCCUCCCCCGAACUUCGCGGCGCGGACGAUACCAACUCGCUCAAAGCCUCCGUCCUCCCCUGGCUUCGCUCGCUUGACGGCUUCAAUACGCACGACCUCGCCUUCAACCUCUCCAUCUCGGGCGGUAUCACCACCAUGCUCGCCCUUCCUGGCUCGGCGGGCAAUAUCGGCGGUCAGGCCUUCACCAUGAAGCCUCGGUGGACCGCCGAGAAUACGCCUCAGAGCAUGCAGGUCGAGUCGCCCUUUGUGAUCCGCAACCAUACGUGGGAGAGGACGCGGGCGUGGCGGCAUAUCAAGCACGCGUGCGGAGAGAACCCGAUGAGGGUGUACGGGAAUACGAGGAUGGAUUCGGCGUAUGACUUUAGGAAGGCGUAUACCGAGGGAAAGAAGUUGAAGGAGGAGCAGGAAAGGUGGUGUGCUUCCCCCAAGACGCAGACGGAGCCUUUCCCAGAGUCUCUCGAGUGGGAGGUGUUGGCGGAUGUCAUCAGGGGCAACGUUAAGGUGAAUAUCCACUGCUACGAAACGGUCGACCUCAACUCUAUGGUCCGCAUUUCCAACGAAUUCCAAUUCCCCAUCGCCGCCUUCCACCACGCCCACGAGACCUACCUCGUCCCUGACCUUCUCAAGUCCGCUUGGGGUCCCCCUCCCGCCGUCGCCCUCUUUGCUACCAACGCGCGAUACAAGCGGGAAGCCUACCGCGGGACGGAAUUCGCGCCCAAGAUCCUCGCCGAUGCUGGGUUCAGGGUAUCGAUGAAGUCGGACCAUCCCGUCCUGGACUCGCGGUACCUCGUCUACGAAGCCGCCCAGGCACACCACUACGGCCUCAACUUCUCGCAGGCGCUUAGUAGCGUCACUACCCACUCGGCCCAGUCGCUCGGAUUGGACCACCGCCUCGGGUACGUUCGAGAAGGCUACGACGCGGAUAUCGUCGUUUGGGACAGUUUCCCGCUUAGCCUCGGGGCGACGCCCAAGCAGACGUACAUUGACGGGAUUCCUCAAAUCGCCAAACCUGUCGUCGUCAAGAAGCCAAAGGAGGCGCAGGAGAUCACCAAGGAGGGCAAGUGGGAUAAAGAGAUCGCGGAGACGCUGGCAGCGAGGGGAGAUCCGGAUCUCCGCGUCAAGGGGGAGAGCGGGAAUGUGGUUUUCGUCAAUGUGGCGGAGGUGUAUCGGGGGGAUAUGCAGGUCGAGUCUGUGGGUGGGACGGUGGUGGUUACGGAUGGAGAGAUCAGCUGUGUCGGCGAUUGUAUUGUGCAGGAGAGUGGGUACGAGAUGGUCGAUCUCAAGGGGGGCAGCAUCACCCCGGGAUUGACGACGGUGGGAAGCUAUGUGGGGAUGAUGGAGAUCAGACAGGAGAAGACAACUUGGGACGGGCCUGCUUACGACCCUACUUCGAUCACUGCCGAGAUCGUGGACGGUGUCCUGACCCAUGGCGUGGACGGUGCUCAGUUCGGCGGCAAAGACGAGCUCCUCGCCUACCGAUCCGGCGUAACAAAAGCCGUCGCCUUCCCCAUCUCCAGCGCCCUUAUCGCCGGCCUCUCCUACGCCUUCUCCACCUCCGCCACCCACUCUCUCAGCCCCGGAGCGAUCAUCAAUUCCGACGCUGCGCUACACCUCUCCCUCGUCGGCGGCAAGAUGGGCACAUCCACCCAGCUCGCCGUCCUCCGUCGUCUGCUCACUUCGGACGCGCACAAUGAUACCGAGAUCUGGAAGGUCCUCGAUGAGGCCAAGCACGGCGAGAGGCGGGUGGUCGUCGAGGUGAACAGCGUGGACGGGAUGGCGGGGCUCGUACGGCUCAAGAGGGACUGGGCGCCGGGGAUGAAGAUGACGAUUCUGGGCGGAGCCGAGUCGUGGAUGAUCGCUGAGGAUCUGGCGAGGGAGGAUAUCGGUGUCGUAGUCACCAACGCGCGCUCUUUCCCUGGUUCGUGGGAUUCUAGGCGGAUCAUCCCUGGUCUUCCGCUCUCGAACCAUACCCUUCCGUCUUAUCUUGCUUCCCACGGCGUUCUCGUCGGCCUGGGCGUUUACGAAGAAUGGAUGGCUCGCAACACCCGGAAUGACGCCGCUUGGGCGUACGCUAACAGCCCCGAGGUGUUCACCAAGUCGGACGCUUUGGCGCUCGUCAGUUCCAACCUCGAUAUCCUGCUGGGUCUGAAGGACCGCAGGGGAGGGUCAGGGCUGUUCGGGCGGAGGGGUCGGGGGUGGUGGAUUUGCUUUGAGCUGCAUGGGGGAGCGGAAUAG